AUGCGCCUACAGUAUGCGCUUGUCACUUUUCUAUGUGCGCUUUCUUGCGCUGAGCGCAUAGGUGCGCGCCAAGGCCUGCGAAUACGACAGGACUCUACUAGCGAUGUUACUACCACGACGGAUCGGCCCCAGAGUUCAACUGCGUCUAAUGAUGAGACCUCUUCGAGCCCCACGCCUACUUCGACUCAAAGCAAGGACGAUGAAGCAAAGACGACUUCAAGCGCCGAACACAGUGCCGAUGCGACCUCACCCAUUACGCCGACUGGCACUGCGACUGACUUGCCGACGUCGACAGUCAGCCCACUACCCGGCAGCAACUCGACCACAGACGGCAAUGUGCUGCCACUCCAACCGAAGCUCAACGCGCCUGUGGGAGUCGCUGGCGCAUUGCUAAUGAUCUCUGGACUGGCAUUGGGCUUCGUGGGUGUGAGGAAUCGUUCGGUGCAGACCUUCCUGAGUACCGCUUUGCUGAUGGCACUUGGGUGUGAAGUCCUGAUCUUCUACCUCAUGCAUCCACCCGUUCCCGAGGCAAUCCAAGCUGCCUACUUGAUUGCAGGAGUCGCUGGCGGACUCCUCUUGGGUGGCCUGUCCCUGAUCUUCAAGGAAGUCUCUGAAGGUUUUGGCUGCGUGCUGGGUGGCUUUUGCUUUGCCAUGUGGCUUCUUGUUCUUUCUCCCGGAGGGUUGAUCACGAACAAAGUCGGCAAGAUCAUCCUCAUUGCCAUCUUGUGCGCUUUGGGCUAUGCCACUUACAUCUCUCGUUUUACUCGGGUUUACGGACUUGUCGUCUGUACAUCAUUUGCCGGUGCUACGGCUUUUGUUCUUGGAAUCGAUUGCUUUUGCGGGUCUGGACUGAAGGAAUUCUGGUUGUACAUCUGGGAUCUCAACGAUAACGAAUUUCCAUUAUUUACUGACACCUAUCCUAUUACCCGAAAUAUGCGAGCCGAGAUCGCUGGUAUAAUCAUCGCCGCCUUCUUUGGUACCAUGUCUCAGAUCAAGAUCUGGAACAUCGUCAAAGAAAAGAAGGCUAAACACGAUGCUCAACGCAUCCAGGACGAAGAAGCCAGGGUGGUCCUGGAAGAGGAGGUCGGCAGAGACGUCGAAAGCCGAAAUCGACGCAGUCUUGCUCAAUGGGAAGAACAAUACGACGAUAAGAAGGAGCCGCGCGUGCAAGUGUCUGACUCUGGAAUUGGAUCCUCCAUCGAAGAGUAUGGCAAGGAGGGGAGUGGGCACUAUGAUCUGGAAGGGUCCUCAACCAGGCGCCAGUCGUACCCACUCGCUCAACUCCGGCCAGCGACUGUCGAGGGCGAAGCACAAUCUUCCUCGAAGGAGAAGCGUCAUUCUGGCGCUCCCAGCAUUCCUGCUUUUGACUUCGAUGCGGAGUCCUUUGAAUACAGUGGAGAGGCAUCCAGGAGCACUCAUGGCACUCAAGCAGGAACGCCGCAAACUGAGCCGGGAACCCCAGGCUUAAACGUCCCCGAGCCUUCUGUGAAAGACCGAAGGGGAGUGGCGUUGAAGCGACUUUCCCUACAGUCUCUCGCUCAGAAGGACGCUCUGGAAGCAGCUGGAGAUGGUCGCAGCUCAUUUGAAGAAGAAGAUGACAUCGCAUCGUCUAUCGCGGCUACAGCAGCGGAGCCACCGGACGUCGAUGCGUUGUCAAUGAAGCUUUCAAGGCCGAAUUCCAUGUACCUGCCUCAAAUGCCGGGAGGAGGUGUAUCACCUUCACAUGCAAAGGAGCAGUUCAUCGAAGAAGACGACGAUGAAGUCAUCGGAUUGGGCGGUAAGAGUGCUGCAGGUGGAUCAAGCCCGCGGCUCUCGCAGACUCCUGGCACACCGGGCGAGGCAGAUCCGUUCGAUACAGCUGCCGAUGGAGAGGACAAAGCGGCGUUGGCUGAUCGGCUACCGAAGAGAAUAUCCAAGGCCGCAGCGAACUACCGUACAAAUGAGUGGGCGAAGGAGGUCGGACGAGCUGAACCUGAGCCUCUCGAAGAAGUCGACGAACACACUGUCGACGCCGUGCAGAUUGAGAUGGGCGACGCGGCGGAGUCUGCUCGUGCAAACGAAAACAAUGCCGCCCCGGCACCACCGCCGCCACCACCCGCACCUCCAGCACCCCCUGCGCCGCCGAAAGCGAAUCAGAAGGAGCGAAGACGGUCAAGCCAACACCUGUCCAAGACUCCUUCUGGCGCCGCUGCAGUACCAGUGUACGCUCAUGACCGAAGGAAAAGCAAUGACAGCUGGGCCGUACCCCUGGCAAAGAGAGCCAGCAGCAACCCCAUUCAGACCAUCCAACCAACUCAACCUACGGUCGACACACACAAUGUGUCAGCGCCUAUCCUGGAGCAGGACUUGGUCCAAUCUCCCAUCGACCAGCAACCUCAAAGUCCACCCAAGAGCCGUCCAGCAUCACGCAUGCCAAGCAUGCCCAAUCUCAUGGACGUACGCAACGACUUGAUGGACAGGCGGGUGACCACAACUUCAUUCAUGACUCUGCCCAACGCAUCAGCGGCCGGACUGCCCGCAACAACAUCAGAAGGCAGUGGCCAAGCACAAGGCAGCCGCGAGGGAAGCCAAAACGACAAGACCUCCCUCCGCAGCAUCCCAGAACCCGCCGACCCAGAAGAUAUGACCCUCGCCGAACGCAAAGCCCUCGUCCAGCGCCAAUCCAGCAUGCCCCUCCCCUCCAAACCCCGACACCUCUCCCAACAACCCCAACCCGAACCCCAAUUCAUCCCCCACGCCACCACCUUCGCCCAAGCCAACGCCUCCGCCCCCCGCCCCCCAAAACCCGUCCGCCUCUCCACCGGCGGCACGGCCCUCUACGACUCACACCAGCCCCAACGCACCUCGACCCACAACGCCACGAAACAAGCCCAGAACUGGUCCGCCUGGCGCAGCUCCAACGCCAUCGCCCAGACCUCCCGCACGCCCUACGUCGUCGGCGACCAGCAGAUGGACAUGCUGCGCGCGCACCGCCGGCAGUCUGAACAAGAUGCCCGCGCGAAGGAGGAAAGGGAGAAGAAGAAGCAGGAGCGCAUUGAUGCGCAUAUGCGGAUGGGGGGCAUGAAUGAGGCGCAUCGGAAUAUUUUGAGCAAGAUGCAGAUGGAGGCGAAUCGGAAUAAUGGGGUGGAUUGGGGUGGGAAGUAA